AGCAUCAGAAAUGCACACUGGCGCCUGCCUCCUUUCCUUUGCGUCCCUGUUGCUUACCUCCGGAUGCAAAGAACAGCAACCUCAACAGCAUGAGACGGUCAGAUGGGAACGAUUUUGAGGAGGAGAAGGUCGAGCAAACGGAGCUGUCAUUCUCUGCCGAAAGACGAACCACAACCAACAACAACUGUGGGCAGGGGCACGGAACGAGGCUAAGCAAAGCAUGCUCGUGAACAAGGAACACAAUGCUUGCACUCAAAGAAGGCUCCUCGCCCACAGCCUUUCUAUAUCAGCAUACCACACCUCGCUCCUGUGAAUCUUUACACCAGGCGCCGUGAGCGAUGAGAUCGAGGUGGCCAAUGGACUCCGCGGCGUUCCUGCUGGCAGUGGUGCUCGUUUCGGCGCCGGUGGCGCGGUCAUGGAGCACAGAGGGCCACAUGCUCACAUGCCAGAUCGCCCAGGAUCUGCUGGAACCUGCUGCCGCGGACGCCGUGAAGAACCUUCUACCCGAGGAGGCAGGCGGCGACCUGUCGGCGCUCUGCGUCUGGCCUGACCAGGUCAGGCACUGGUACAAGUACAAGUGGAGCAGCCCGCUGCACUUCAUCGACACCCCUGACCAGGCCUGCAGCUUCGUCUACUCGAGGGAUUGCCAUGACCCUAGCGGUGCCAAGGACAUGUGCGUCGCCGGUGCCAUCGCCAACUUCACGUCACAGCUUAUGCACUACAAACACGGCAGUGCUGAUCGCAAGUAUAACUUGACUGAAGCCCUGUUAUUCUUGUCACACUUCAUGGGAGAUGUUCAUCAGCCCAUGCAUGUGGGGUUCACAAGUGACCAAGGGGGGAAUUCAGUGAACCUACGCUGGUUUAAGCACAAAUCCAACCUUCAUCAUGUAUGGGACAGGGAGAUCAUACUCACAGCUCUCGCUGAACACUAUGGCAAGGACAUGGAUGCAUUCCGAAAGGACCUUGAGCACAACAUCUCCAAAGGCGCAUGGUCCGACGACAUAUCUUCAUGGGGAGACUGCCAGGACCUCUUGUCUUGCCCAACCAAGUACGCUACUGAAAGCAUAAGCUUGGCAUGCAAAUGGGGGUACAGCAGCGUCCAUGAUGGGGACACACUCUCUGACGAUUACUUCGCUUCCAGGCUCCCGAUCGUGGCGCGACGGAUCGCGCAGGGGGGAGUGAGGCUGGCCAUGAUCCUGAACCGGGUCUUUGGGGAGAGCAACCGCGACGUCCUUGCGUGGCCGAACUUGGCUGCUGCUACCGAUGAACUGUAGAGUAACACAAGCCGACGUCCAUGCUGUAUACUCUGAUUUACUGAUGUCUUGCCCUGUAAUCCAAAAGGUUUCAUUGCAUCCAUGUUACGUGUGACCUGACCGCUUGCACAAUUUGGCUAGUGCUGACUUGUAUCUAAUCUAAGAUUAAUGGUGUUACGUGGGACCAGUUUAGUUGA